UUAGUUUAUCUAUAUAAUUGUUCAUUAGAACUGAAUAUAUAAUGUAACAUAAAACCUCUACAUGUGUUUAAAAAUGCGUUUCAAACGCACACUUGUAUACUUGUAAAUUUAAUUGUGCAAUGUCAAUAGACGGAAUUCAAAUUUGAAAAUAAAUAAUUUGCCUAACAUGUCUGCCUCAAAGGGUAAACAGCAUGGUCACGAUCAUGAUGACUGCAAAGUCACAGAUGAACUCAUACAUCAUUUCGAGGAGUUCUGCACACUAGCUGGCUCAAAAGAUCCGAAAAUUAUGACAACAAAGGCAAGUGGCAAGUUGGUUGAUGAUUGUCUUUCAGAUCUUAAAAAAUAUGACGCAAAAGCCAUAUGUGAUGCCAGCGUGUUCCCCUAUUGUAAAGAGCAUGGGAAACCUCACAUGGUGGUCAACAAAGAUAACGUAGAUAAAUUUAUAAAUAAGUUCGCCCAUGAGAUUGCUAAACGCAAAACAUCAAAUAACAAAAUCGAUGACAAAGACCCCGAAGUACUUGCAAUAAAGAAAACAAUUUGUAACUGCAUCACCAAAGAAAAACCUCAUGUACAUGAGAUUAAAGAAUCAGCAACAGGGAAUGUAAAGGGUCUAACAGAUGCAUCUAAAUUCACGGGGACAAGCAAAGCACGCUUUGACAAGGAUGGAAAAGGAAAGGGAAAAGAGGCACAUGAUUACGUACCAGAAGACUCCGGUUAUGUGUGUGGUUAUAAGGGUCAAGGAACAUAUGAUUCCAGCCAUUAAUUAACAAAAACAUAAUAUUUUGGUGAUUUGAGCCGCGCUGAACUUGUUAUUCUAAUGAAGAAGAAAGUAGAUAGGCAUAGAAACGUGAACUGUUCUUGUUGUGUCGCUUGACAUUUCGUUGAAUUGGGAUAUGGACUAUAUUUGAUUUUGAACACAUUUUGUUUUGUUUAUUUGAAAUACAUUUAAACUUGUAUUUGAUUUGAAUACACUUAUAUCCUUAACUUGAAAUAAAUUAUUAAAUUAAAAUAUAUGUAUAAAAAUAAUAAAAUAAAAUAUAUGUAUAUUAUUUAUCUGAUUGGAAUACAUUUAAAUUUUUUUUAAUUGGAAUAUAU